AUGAGUACUGCAAAUAAAACAAUGCCAACAUCUUAUUCUAAUCCAAAUUUUGAUGAAGAACCAGUUGGAAUUAAAAAUAGUGGUGGAACAAGUCCAAUGGGUUCAAAUAUUUUUAUUAUUAAACCAGAUGAUAAAAAUAAAAAUCGAAUACAUCCAGAACCAUAUCGACAUGAUCCAACUACACAGAAAAAUAUUGGUCGAACUAUUCUUCGUGGCAUUCGUUCUCUUUGGGCAACACGACAAACAGAAAAAGAUCUUCGAAAAAAUAAAGAUUUAUAUAUUAAAACAACAUUACGAGAACUUAUUCUCUAUUUAGUUUUCGUCACUAUUUUAUGCAUCAUUACAUUUGGUAUGACAUCAACAAAAACAUAUUAUUUUACAACAGUUUUACGUACUGUUUUUACGGAACGAAAAGUUGAAGGUAUUGGUGAUCAACCAGCAUAUGAUGAUAUUGCAAAUUUUGAUGAUUUUUGGAAUGUUAUGGGUGGACCUGUUCUUAGUGGUUUAUUUGAUCAAAAAUGGUAUAAUGGAGAAAAUUUAACAGAAGAUCAAUAUGGUUAUGUUUUAUUUGAAAAUAAAAUUCUUGGUUUACCACGAUUUCGACAACUUCGAGUUACAAAUCAUUCAUGUACUGUUCAUGAGAAAUUUCAACAAUCUAUACGUGAAUGUUAUGGACCAUAUAGUACUAGUAAAGAAAAUCGAAGUUCUUAUACACCAGAAAAUAAUACUAUAACACUGAAUGCAUGGCAUUAUCAAACAUCAAAGCAACUUAAAGGUUCAUCAACAAGUGGAUUAAUAUCUCGAUAUGGUGGUGGAGGUUUUGUACAAGAUUUAACACCAAAUUAUAAUGAUGCUAAAGCUCAAUUAGAUGAUUUAAAUGCAAAUUUAUGGAUUGAUCGUGGUACACGUGUUGUAUUUCUAGAUUUUACAGUAUAUAAUGGAAAUAUUAAUUUAUUUUGUCAAAUUAAAUUAACAAUAGAAUUUCCAGCAUCAGGUGGUGCUGUACCAUCAAAAUCAUUUUCGACAGUUAAAUUAAUUCGUUAUGUUUCAUCAAUGGAUUAUUUUGUAUUAGCAUGUGAAAUAUUAUUUACAAUGUUUACAGUUUAUUAUACAGUUGAAGAAGUUCUUGAAAUUAGACAUUUUAAAUUUCAUUAUUUCAAAGCAAUUUGGAAUGUACUUGAUAUAUUAAUCAUAUUAAUUUCAUAUAUUUGUAUUGCAUUUAAUGUCUAUCGUCAAAUUAAAGUUGGACAAAUUCUUGAUGAAUUAUUAAAAAAUCAAAAUAGUUUUGCUGAUUUUGAAUUUCUUACUUAUUGGCAAAUACAAUUUAAUAAUAUUGUUGCAUUUGCUGUUUUUCUUGCAUGGAUUAAAGUAAGAUAUUACAAAACAAAAAUAUUGAGUAGAGAUAGAGUAAGAAUGAUAAUUGACUUUUACAAAAUUGUAAGACAUUUGUUCAAUCUUAGAUUGUCUACAAUAGUAGGCAUGCACACAAACUCAUUGACAUGAUAAAAAGUUUUUUUUUCUUCACGUAGCAUCAGUUACUUUGAUAUAGAAGGUAGUUUGCUGUUGAUGAGCGAAUUGAAAACAAUCAAAUGAAUUAUACAGUAGAGAGUAAAACUGAUUGUU